AUGAUUUCAAUCGACAAUUUACAACCUCGUGGCGGUAAUCAAGCUGUAUCGGUUAAUAGACCGAACCUAACUACGGAUAUUCACUUGACCAGCCAUGGUUCCAGUUGGUUAUGGGCUGUUUUCUCAAUUUUCGCAACUUUGGCAGUGAUUCAUGCAUUCUUCUUUAGUUUUACUAGCUCUAGAACCCACAGGCUUAAGAAGAUAUUAUUUAUUGUGCCAUUAUUUACUAAUGCAAUAAUGGCAUAUUGUUACUUUACGUAUGCUGCAAACUUGGGUUGGACUUCGACAAGAGUUGAAUUCAACCAUGUGCUGACAAUCAGGAAUCUCGGUGUGAGACAAGUAUUUUAUGUCAAAUAUAUCGGAUGGUUUUUGGCAUGGCCUUUUGUUUUGUUUGCCAUGGAAGUAGCUACUCAUACAUUGGAGUCAACAAAUCUUGAAAAUGGUGGUGAGACUAUUACUGGCAUUCUUUCGUUGCUUUCGGGGUUGAUCGUUAAAACUUUCGCUACUGAAAUUUACGUGUUGGGCUUAUUGAUUGGUAUCUUAAUUCCUUCGAGCUAUAGAUGGGGUUAUUUUACAUUUGCAGUAUCUGCCCAAUUGUUCGCCAUGUCUUUGGUAUUGGUUUCGAUGUUUGCGGCUAUGAAGUCUGUUAACACUAACAAGGUUGCAAUCAUGUUUAUUGCGUUCGAAUUAGUAGUAUGGAUCUUGUAUCCAGUAUGCUGGGGUCUCAGUGAAGGCGGUAAUCGUAUCCAGCCAGACUCUGAAGCAGUAUUCUAUGGUAUACUUGAUUUGAUAACGUUUUCCUUUGUGCCUAUAAUAUUAACUUGGAUUAACGCCUCCGGAGUGGACGAAGAUUUCUUCCAUAAGGCAAUGCACUUCAAUUUACGUAGGAACUCAAGACACGAGAAGCCAGUAGAGGAAACACCAAGACACAGUGGUGAUACUGCGGUUCCUCCUUCUAAUUAUGAUCGGCCAGAGGUUGAGAAUGACGUAGCUCCAGCAACUCGUCCUAUGGAAGAAGAACAAGUUUGA